AUGGAAAAAUACUCGCAAUUUCGCGAUCGAGGCUCUGGCAUUGCACCGUUUCUUCCCGUGUCCUCCUCCCUACAACCCCUAAGCCUUGCUAUCAGAGCCACUGUCUUUGUCAUCCGACUCCCCCUCAUGCUUUUCCUGUGUUCGGCCUAUUUCGGCUUCGGGCAAUGGCUGCCAAUCGGUACCCUGGGUAAAAAGUUCUGCUUGUGGGCCAUUGCGGCCAUUGGGGGUGUUUGGUGGAUUGAUUUGCAUAUUGAUGGCGUAAAGAAAGGGUCUCUCGCUUGUGAGCAUCCCACUCGGCUUCCACACCCAGGCACCAUUAUCGCCUCGUCAUUCACGUCCCCAAUCGAUUCGCUAUACCUCGCUGCUGUGUUUGAUCCGGUUUUUACUGUCGCAUACCCCUCAACCCCCAAAAUACGUCGUAUUUCACUUCUUCAAGCCAUUACUUAUGCAUUUUCCUUUCCUGAAACGGGUUCUUCCACUUCAAAUCUGACAGAUCUACCAUCACUCCUACAACAAAAUCCAAACCGCUGCGUUGUUGUCUUCCCUGAAUGCACUACCACAAAUGGGCAAGGUAUCCUCGAACUUAGCCCUUGUAUUGCUUCGGCGCCUCGUCAUACAAAGAUAUUCGCUGUCAACCUCCGCUACACCCCUGCCGACAUAACUACUCCGAUUCCAAGGUCCUACUUAAGUUUUAUAUGGAAUCUCCUCAGCCAAGCAACCCAUUGCAUUCGAGUUAGAAUCGCAGAACCCAUCACUAUUGAUCAAUGCAGUCCUAAUAACACUGUUGUUCAACCAAAAGUCAUUCUUAACCUUGUUGGCGAUACGCUUGCAACGCUGGGCCGUAUCAAACGUGUGGGCUUAGGCGUGAAAGAAAAGCAAGAGUUCCUGAGCAUAUGGUUUGAGAAAAAGAAAGUUGUUGACAUAUAA